AUGGAUACGUUUACCCUGUCCAUAAAAGAAUCAACAACGACAGACGUAUCAACGACCACCUCUACGUCGGGGGCGCUGUCGACAACGCAAGCAGGUUAUCAAGAAUCGACUAUACGUGUUACAACAAGUGAUACAGUUUGCAACCCCAGCCCUUGUGAAAACAACGGAACGUGUGUACCCUUAUCGGGGGAGUCUUCUUGUUCAUGUGCAGACGGAUUUUCAGGGUCGAGGUGUCACAGAAACCGUUACCUGUUGAGUGUGAGUCUACACGGAGGCAACCAUAGCGGUGAAGGACGAGUGGGGUUUCGCAACAAUUAUGAUCCAUAUACGAUAGCGUACAUGAGCCACUCGUGGUCAAUGUCCAUGUCUCACAUGGUUUGUCAAGAUUUGGGCUUCGGUGGCGCCAUUGCUACGAUGAGUGGUGACAUGUUCCCAACUACGGAAGCUUUGGUGGAGAUUGGAGAAAUCCAUUGCCCGCUUCACUACACCACAUUCACGGAAUGCUGGUACUCUACACUCAGGCUUCGAAACACGAGUAUCAUAUAUCACAUCGCUGUAAAGUGCUGCACAUAUUUCAUGCUGGACUGA